AGCCCUCUCAAUCUGCUUUUCUCAGCCCUCUCAAUCUGCUUUUCUCAGCCCUCAUUUUCUUUCUCUAAGCUUUUUUGUUUUUUAUAUCUCUAAAGUCAAUGGCUUCUGAUAAGAAGAUCAAGAUCGGAAUCAAUGGGUUUGGAAGGAUCGGUCGUUUGGUUGCUAGAGUUGCUCUGCAAAGAGACGAUGUUGAGCUUGUUGCUGUUAAUGAUCCCUUCAUCUCCACUGACUACAUGACGUAUAUGUUCAAGUAUGACACUGUUCAUGGCCAGUGGAAGCAUCAUGAGGUUAAGGUCAAGGACGAGAAGACCCUUCUUUUUGGUGAGAAAUCAGUCACAGUAUUUGGAAUCAGGAACCCUGAGGAGAUCCCAUGGGGUGAAACCGGUGCUGAUUUUGUUGUGGAGUCUACUGGAGUUUUCACUGACAAGGACAAGGCUGCUGCCCAUUUGAAGGGAGGUGCAAAGAAAGUUGUCAUUUCUGCUCCCAGCAAGGAUGCUCCCAUGUUUGUUGUCGGAGUCAAUGAGAAGGAAUAUAAGCCCGAGCUUGACAUUGUCUCCAAUGCUAGCUGCACUACCAACUGUCUUGCUCCCCUUGCCAAGGUUAUUAACGAUAGAUUUGGCAUUGUUGAGGGCCUCAUGACCACUGUGCAUUCUAUUACUGCCACUCAGAAGACUGUUGAUGGUCCAUCAAUGAAGGACUGGAGAGGUGGAAGAGCUGCUUCAUUUAACAUCAUUCCCAGCAGCACUGGUGCUGCCAAGGCUGUUGGUAAAGUUCUGCCAGCCCUGAAUGGAAAGUUGACUGGAAUGGCCUUCCGAGUUCCAACUGUGGAUGUUUCAGUGGUGGACCUUACUGUACGACUUGAGAAGGCGGCCACCUAUGAUGAGAUCAAAGUUGCGAUUAAGGAGGAGUCAGAGGGCAAACUCAAAGGUAUCUUAGGGUACACUGAGGAUGAUGUGGUCUCCACCGAUUUUGUGGGUGACAACAGGUCAAGCAUCUUUGAUGCUAAGGCUGGGAUUGCUCUGAAUGCAAACUUUGUGAAACUGGUUGCGUGGUAUGACAAUGAAUGGGGUUAUAGCUCCCGUGUGAUUGACUUGAUCGUCCACAUUGCUUCUGUAAAAGCUUGAAGCUUUCGGCUGUGAUACAAGGCUCUAUGUUGGUUCUGGUCGAGUCCUAGGGUUUUAGUUUUCUUGCGUUUUGAGGGUUGUAGUUUGUUAGGACUAAAUGCCUCGAGUCUGAAGCUGGGUUGAUUUCCCCUCUUCCUUGCAAAGGUACCAGGAAACUAAUUGUUUUUGUUUUUGAACUGAUGGAGCCUUGUAGAGUUGGUUUUGUUUUUUGUUGAUGUGAUUGUUUUGAGAAUAGGAGGAUCUGUAAUUCGGCUGUGUGUGUGUUUUCCUUUAUGCACAUCAAAUAUGAUCCUUUCUUUAAUUAUCAGUUUAGUGUUUGGCCUUUAUUUCCCAUGGCCUCCUAGGCCUAUCUAUAUUGAGACAUUCUGUGAAUUUUUUUCGAGC